AUGGACUAUUCGUACUUACCGGUAGAGAACAAGUGGGUUCAUGUUGGCUUACUGAGAAGUAUUCUGCAAGCUGAAUGUUACACUCCUGACAUGGACUAUUCGUACUUACCGGUAGAGAACAAGUGGGUUCAUGUUGGCUUACUGAGAACGUUCGUGACCUUUCUGAAGGGCCAAGGAUUGAAAGAGAUCAUCCGUGGCUUCCAGGAAAUGUGGAACUUUCCUAACUGUGCUGGCGCCAUUGAUGCCACGCACAUUCCCAUUAUUGCCCCAAAAGAAGAUCACGCAGACUAUGUAAACAGAAAGGGAUGGUACUCGAUCAUACUGCAAGCAGUAUGUGACCAUAGAUACUGCUUUACUGACAUCUGUAUCGGGUGGCCAGGCCGUGUCCACGAUGCGAGAGUUUUCGCCAAUUCUCAGCUCAUGGCGCAGGCAGUAAAUGGGAACUUGUUACCAUCAUCGCCAGAAUGGACACAGGCCGUAGGACCUACAGAUGACAACAUCGACAUGCCAGUGGUCCUCAUUGGUGACGUAGCAUACCCGAUGUCUUCAUGGCUUUUGAAACCAUACGUUGACAGAGGGAGAUUUACUGAAGAAGAACAAACAUUCAACUACCGCCUGAGCAAAGCGCGAAUGACAAUCGAAAAUUCACUUGGACGCCUUAAGGGUCGCUGGAGGCGCUUUCUCAAGAGACUGGAUUUGGACAUCUACCUUAUUUCUUAA